GGAGCAGGCAGCUCCCGCAGCAACCGGCAGCCCCUCUUCCCCUCCCCACGCCGGGGCUCCGGAGCCAUGAGCAGCGCCGUGGUCCUCGCCCACCUCCCCGACCCCAGCAGCAGCUUCAGGGAAGACGCCCCCCGACCCCCUGUCCCGGGGGAGGAAGGAGAAGCGCCAUGUCCCCAACUCGCCAACUCGUUUCUCCCCAAAAGCCAAAGCUUCAAGGCCAUGCCGGUGCCUCCUGCCCCGCGGAGGAAUGAGAACGGGCUCGGGGAGCCGGAAGGCAGCGCAUCUCCAGACUCCCCCCUGGCCAGAUGGACCAAAUCCUUGCAUUCCUUGUUGGGAGAUCAAGAUGGUGCCUAUCUUUUUCGGACCUUCCUGGAAAGGGAAAAAUGUGUGGAUACCUUAGACUUCUGGUUCGCCUGCAAUGGCUUCAGGCAGAUGGACCUUAAGGAUACCAAAACUUUAAGAGUAGCCAAAGCUAUAUACAAAAGGUACAUCGAGAACAACAGCAUCGUCUCCAAGCAGCUCAAGCCUGCUACCAAGACCUACAUAAGGGAUAGCAUCAAGAAGCAGCAGAUAGAUUCGAUCAUGUUUGAUCAGGCGCAGACUGAGAUUCAGACUGUGAUGGAGGAAAAUGCCUACCAGAUGUUUUUAACUUCUGAUAUAUACCUCGAAUAUGUAAGGAGUGGAGGAGAGAAUCCCGCUUACAUGAACAGCAAUGGACUGGGGAGCUUAAAAGUUGUCUGUGGCUAUCUCCCGACCUUGAAUGAAGAAGAGGAAUGGAGCUGUGCAGACUUUAAAAACAAAAUCUUGCCUUCGGUAGUUGGACUAUCCAGCAAGACGUUGAGGGUUACGGCGAAUGUCAGAGCUACGGAAACGAUCGAGAACGGAUACAGGUCCUUCAAGAGGAACGAUCCCGUUAACCCAUACCAUGUGAAUUCAGGCUAUGUUUUUGCCCCAGCAACCAGCGCAAACGAUAGUGAAAUAUCCAGUGAUGCCCUGACGGACGACUCCAUGUCGAUGACGGACAGCAGCGUAGAUGGGAUCCCCCCGUACAGAAUUGGGAGCAAGAAGCAGCUCCAGCGGGAAAUGCAUCGGAGCGUCAAGGCCAACGGUCAAGUUUCUCUACCUCAUUUUCCGAGGACCCACCGUCUUCCCAAGGAGAUGACCCCGGUGGAGCCGGCUGCCUUCGCCGCGGAGCUCAUUUCCCGGCUGGAGAAGCUGAAGCAGGAGCAGGAAACCAUGGACAGUCUGGAGGAGAGGCUGCAGCAAAUCAAGGAGGACGAGGAGAAGGAGGGCUCGGAGCUCCCCGCCAGCCUGCAGAGCGGUCGGGAGAUGGUGAACCCCCAGCACCCGCAGCACCCGCUCUCGCUCCUGCCCUCCGGCAGCUACGAGGAGGACCCCCAGGCCAUCCUGGACGAGCAUCUCUCCCGCGUGCUGAAGACCCCCGGCUGCCAAUCGCCCGGCAUGGGCCGGCACAGCCCCCGCGCCCGCUCCCCCGACCGCCUGCCAACCGGCAAGCUGCCACCCGGCGUGGCCUCGCCGGCCACGUGCGCCUUGGUGGGUAAGGGAUUCAUCACCAAGCAGACCACCAAGCACGUCCACCACCACUACAUCCACCACCACACCGUGCCCAAGACGAAGGAGCAGAUCGAAGCGGAGGCGGCUCAGCGGGUGCAGUGCUGCUGCCCGGCGGGCAGCGACUACUACUGCUACCCCAAGUGCAAGGGCCACCCGAAAAGCACGGACCCCCCUCUCCCUCCGCUGGAGCCCUUCGGCAGGACGGGGACGCUGCCGAAGAGGCCGGGCAGAGGAGCGGAGAGCGUCGCCCUGCCGGCUGGGGACGGGGGGCUGCCCGGCCCCGGCGGGGUGCAGCUCCCGGGGGGCGAGGCGGACCGGGCACAGAACGUCUGGCAGUGGAUGCUGGAGAGCGAGAGACAAAAUAAGCACAAGCCCCAUAGCACACAAAGCACAAAGAAGGCCUACAGCUCCGACUUCGCCAAGGGGGCCCCCGGCCGCCACCACCCCUGGGGGACCGGCAGCCACCCGCGCGGGGCGCAGCCCGCCCACCCCUUCGUCCAGGACCCCGCCAUGCCCCCGCUCACCCCACCCAACACCCUGGCGCAGCUGGAGGAAGCGUGCCGCCGGCUCGCCGAGGUCUCCAAGCCGCAGAAGCAACGAUGUUCAACCUCAAAUCAGCAGAGGGAUCGAAACCACUCCGCUGCCGUUCAGGGGGGAAACUCCCCUUUCUGCAAUGCAAGUCUAACGACAGAAGAUCACAAAGAGCCAAAGAAACUGCCAGUUGUUCACACCUCUCAGUCGAGUGAGUUGGUUGUCACCUAUUUUUUUUGCGGAGAAGAAAUUCCCUACAGGAGGAUGCUAAAGGCCCAGAGCCUGACACUUGGGCACUUUAAGGAACAGCUGAGCAAAAAGGGAAAUUACAGAUACUACUUCAAAAAAGCAAGCGACGAGUUUGACUGCGGUGCGGUGUUUGAAGAGAUUUGGGAAGACGAAACCAUCCUGCCGAUGUACGAAGGAAGGAUUCUUGGGAAGGUGGAAAGGAUCGAUUGAUGGCAUCUGUGUUUCUUGAGAAAAGUUAAGCUAGAAAAGUCUUUGGACACACAACAGUAGUGAUGACAAGGAAAAAAAAACAAAACAAAAAAACAAAACUCUGAAGGAAAGUUUUGAACCAAUGAAGAAAAAAAGUGAAGUCUAUGAAGACUUUGCUGAAUUAGCCUUAGAGGAAAAAAAAAUGGCAUUUAUUAUUCAUGAGUUGGGUACUGAGAUGAUAAAAACCCUGAACUAUUUAUUAAAAACAUGACCACUGUUGGCUAUUGGAGAUGCAGACCGUGUUUGAGAGACUUCCAUACAUAAUAUAUGAUUUCCUGGGGAUCUGAAAUCUAUGGACUAAGAGAAACUGUGUAUAGCUUACCUUAACAGUAAUCCUUAUUGAUAUUUAUUGAACAGUCUGUUUUCCCUUAAGUCCAGUUUUUGGAUAUGCUGCUUUAACAAUGGAGAAGAGAGGGGCUGGGAAGUGGGGUGAUGGGAGGAAGGAUUAUUUUAUUUUUUUAUAUUGUUCCCACUAUCUAAAAUUUAGGAGUUUGGCUAUGAGUGCAUUCGUGAUUUUUUUUUAUUUUUUUUUCGAAGGGGGAGGAGGGAAGGAGUGACGUUGUGCCCAGUAUUUCUCCGACUGAAGAUAAAAACUUUUCUAAAGAAAUAAUAAUAAUAAAAGCCGAAAUAAAAAUACUGUCCUACCAUUCAUCUAGAGACCGGUGCAUUUUAAUCGAUGCUGCUCUAAUUUGAAAUAAAGGUCUUAAGCGUUAAGUACGUUAGAGGCAAUAGAACAACAGCAACUUGUUGCUUUGUCCAUGGAUUUCUGCGGUGUGGGGUUUUUUUUUGCUUUGCUGCUGCCGGCGGUGUCCAAGGCAGAGCAAAACCCUGAGCCUGGGAGAGCUGUAGAAGAAGCCAUCCAGUUCCCGUUCCCCUCCUUAGCACACCCAAAGGACACGUUGCAAAAGCCAGGUUAAAAAAAAAAAAAAAAAAAAAGGAGAAAAAAAAAAAAAGCCCGUAUGUAUUCCACAUAGCUAGCUGAUGUUGUGUGUAGCUAUUCUACUUCGAGGGUAGCACGACUUCUGUUUCAGUGACGUGGAACUACCACGGGGCGUAUUUUCAGCUCGGCGUGGAGCGCGUGAUUCCUUGUGUGGUGGUUUGUUGGUUGGGUUAUGGUUGUUUGGGUGGGUUUUUUUGUUUUGUUUUUUUUUUUUUUAAUUUUUUUUUUUGGCCUUCCCUUCACAAGCCUCAGGAGAGGCCGUGGGAGAUGGGGGCGAAGGCUCUCUGCGAGCCCCGGCAGAGCUCGGUGCGUGCGUGCGCGUGUGGGGACGGAGCGGCCCUUUCCCGAGAGAGAGACCUUGCAUUUCUACGGUUGGGUUUUGUGUUGAUUAAGUUAAUCUGUGCAUUCUGUUUGCCAUUGCUACUUUGUGUAAGUCUGUAUAUAUUGUAGAAAAAGGUAUGGUGAAAAAUAUUAAUACACUAUCUCUAGUGUUUUUAAAAUUUAAUCAGUACAGUACCUGUGCCUGCAUGGUGUUACGAGACCAUGCGUCGCCCUAUAUUCAGGGUUCAAGCUUUCCCUUGUUUGUUUAAGGGGUUUAUGUAUAAAUAUAUUUUAUGCCUUUUAUUACAAGUCCUGUACUCAUGACUUUUGCCAUGGCAUUUUGUUCUACUUAUACUGUAAAUUAUGCAUUAUAAAGAGUUUCAUUUAAAAAAAAAUUACUUGGUACAAUAAUUAUUGUAAUUAAGAGA